AGCGGUGCGCGGCGGGAGCGGAGGGAGAGCGCGCGGUGGCUCCGUCCGUGCGCCCCGCGCUCCCCGCGUGGCCCCGCGUCCCGAGCGCGCUCCAGCCUCCCACGCGUGCCUCCCCGGGGUUCACUGAGCCCGGGAAAGCCAGAGAGAGAGAGGACAGGGGGGGAACCCCAUGGCCCGGCCCGCGUCCCGCACCCUGCGCGGUGGCCUCCUCCGGCACGGGGUCCCCGAGUUGCCUUGGGUCCCCGCGAUCCGGAUGGCGCACGCGGUGGCUGGGGCCGGGCCGGGCUCGGGUGGUCGGAGAAGUCACCACUGACCGGGUCAUCUGGAGACCCCGACAGGCCGAGGCCCAGGAUGAGGCGCUGGAAGGCGGCGGCCCUGGUGUCGCUCGUCUGCAGCUCCCUGCUUUCGGUCUGGAUGUGCCAGGAGGGUCUGCUGCUGGGCCACCGCCUGGGACCUGCGCUCGCGCCACUGCGACGCCCGCCACGCACCCUGGACGCGCGCCUCGCCCGCCUGGCGCAGUACCGAGCUCUGCUGCAGGGCGCCCCGGACGCGGUGGAGCUUCGAGAACUUUCCCCGUGGGCCGCGCGCGCUCCGGGCCCGCGCCGUCGAGCGGGUCCCCGGCGACGGCGUGCGCGUGCGCGGUCGGGCGCGCGCCCCUGCGGGCUGCGCGAGCUCGAGGUGCGCGUAAGCGAGUUGGGCCUGGGCUACACGUCGGACGAGACGGUGCUGUUCCGCUACUGCGCAGGCGCGUGUGAGGCGGCCCUGCGCAUCUACGACCUGGGCCUGCGGCGCCUGCGCCAGCGGAGGCGCGUGCGCAAGGAGCGGGUGCGCGCGCACCCGUGCUGCCGCCCGACGGCCUACGAGGACGAGGUCUCCUUCCUGGACGUGCACAGCCGCUACCACACGCUGCAAGAGCUGUCGGCGCGGGAGUGCGCGUGCGUGUGAAGCUACCUCACACCCCAGCCCUGGGCACUUGCCCGGGAGCCAUGCCGACCCUCGCGAGAACUGAAUUCACAUAAAG